CCCUUCAUGUACGUCUGUCUACGGCCUCUUGGAGUUUUGCUGUACUCCAGCUUAGGUGGGAAAUCAUGCGUAGUCACCAGAAACCGAAUAGAGAGACACACAUCGACUGUAACAAACGAUCGUUUGUUUUGGGCCAACAAAGAAAACACUGCAGUAGCGAGAAGUGUUGAACAGGCGCACCAGCUUUUGGGAUCGCCCGACCUGUGUUACUGGAAACCCAGAUCAUCUUGUUUAAACGACAUGGACAAGUCAGACACGAGAACCUCUGUUGUACUUCUGGCCUGUGGCUCCUUCAAUCCAAUUACCAACAUGCACCUGAGACUGUUUGAACUGGCUCGUGAUUAUCUGCACGAAACUGGUAAAUAUAAAGUCACUAAAGGCAUAAUUUCCCCAGUUGGUGACGGAUAUAAGAAGAAAGGCCUAAUUGAUGCUUGCCACCGAGUUGAAAUGGCCAAACUAGCCUGUGCAUCUUCUGACUGGGUGACAGUCGAUUCCUGGGAGAGUCAGCAAAAGGAGUGGCUGGAGACUGUUAAAGUCAUUAGGUAUCACCAUGAACGCCUGUUUAGUAUUGGUAACCAUGAAGAGGGCAAUCACAAUGUGAAAAAAAACAGAAAAAGGAAGCUGCCAUUGAAUGAAAGUCCUGACUCUGUUAAAAUGUCCUCAAAUGAACACAAAGGGGCUCCAGAACUAAAGCUUCUGUGUGGUGCCGAUCUCUUGGAAUCAUUUGGCAUACCUAACCUCUGGAAAGAGAAAGAUAUCAUGGAAAUUGUGGGAAAACAUGGUCUGAUCUGUAUCACCCGAGCCGGUUGCAACGUUCAAAAUUUCAUCUACCAGUCAGAUAUCCUCUGGACACACAGGAACAAUAUCCAUCUUGUGCCUGAGUGGAUACCCAAUGAAAUCUCUGCUACAAAGGUCAGGCAGGCGCUGAGGCGAGGACAAAGUGUUCGAUAUCUGCUGCCAGAUUCUGUAGUCAAGUACAUUGACAAAUAUGAGCUGUACAACUCGGAGAGCGAGGAGAAGAAUGCCAAUGCUGUGCUGGAACCCUUAAAGAGAAACACCCCCAAGAUUUGGGUCUAUAUUAACGCCGAAAUGCCAGCGAAUUACAACGGAACCUACAACAUGAUCAGCAACGAGAACUUUGAAAGUUACAUGCGCGCGCUUGGUAUCGACUUUGCUACACGCAAAAUCGCUAAUCUGCUUAAACCCCAGAAGGUAAUUGAGCAGAACGGAGAUUUCUUCAGAAUGAAAACCAUCAGUUCUUUCAGGAAUUACAGCACCGAGUUCACAGUUGGCACAGAGUAUGAAGAGGAAACAAAAGGCCUUGAUAACCGCAAAUGUAAGAGUAUGGUCACAUGGGAUAGUGACAAGCUUGUCUGCAUUCAAAAGGGGGAGAAGAAGAAUCGAGGUUGGAAGCACUGGUUGGAGGAAGAUGAACUGCACCUGGAGCUGACCUGUGAGGAUGCAGUCUGCAAACAGGUUUAUAAGAGAGCACCCUGAUUAUCACCUCUUCAAGUUACCAACAGUAGAGUAGAAAUUACAAUUUGUAUGGGAAGAUGCACUUUCAUGGGGGAUUAGUUUCUGUUAUGUUCUAUUUUCAUUCUUUUUAUUUUAGUUUUGAAUUUAUUUUAUAUUUUAAUUUUGAAUUAAUACAUUUCAAUGACCAGUUUGUACAAUGCAAAAAUUCCCAUGUAAGAUAAACCAGCUAAAUUUCUGAUCUGCUGUCAGUAAAGUAUUGCAACUGUCAAA